AUGUCUCUCUCGGUAUUGAAACGUGCAGGGUUUGUUCCCCUAUCGAGCUCUUUGUUUUCACUAAGCAGGACAUUCUCUACCUCACCCAUUGUGUGGGCGAAAAGGGACAAGAAGGGGAAGAAGGAUGCCAAAAAGGAUGCCAAGAAACAAGACAAGGACGACAACGAGGAGGUUGUACUUGAUCCAAAGGCUAUUAUUAGAGACCUGAAGGUGAGGUACGACACUACAUUUGACCAAUAUUCCAAGAAACUGACCGAACUAAAGAUGGGUAAGGCCAAUCCUGCCAUUUUCGACAAACUCAAGGUGAAGAUUGACGAUUCGUACACUGCCACAUUCCCCGAAAUUGCAAUGACUGCAAUGAAGGGAACGAAUUUUUUGAACGUCACUGUAUUUGACCCCAGUCACAGCAAGAGGAUCAUUUCUGCAAUCUUGGAGGCAAACAUGAACUUGAAUCCGGAGGUUGAUCCCAAAAAUCCGCAACUGCUCAAGAUCAAGUUGCCCAACUCAACAAAGGAGUUGAAGGCCAAGCAAAUCAAAGAAAUGAAGGAGCUACACGACUACUACAAAUCGAAUGCGGGAUUCAAAGAUAGUCUGAUAGCAAUAAGAGCCGCCUUUAUGAAGGAUUUGAAAAACGUUGAAGGGUCAAAGGAUAUUGUCAAGAAACUGACUACUGAGAUCGACUCCACCUAUAAAACGUAUGCGGACAAACUGUCAACAGCAUUGAAAAAUACAGAGAAAUCAUUGAACUAA